AUGAGCCGAAAUUCCCCUUCGUUAUCGCCGCAGGGCUUCUGGAAUCCAGGGAUCCGAGACUCGGCGCGCAGUUCCAGGAACUCAGCCAGCCAAGAUCCGCCGCGACCCCCAAGAGAGGGAUUUGAAUGGGUAUGGUUUCCGGAAGGAUAUUGGGCGGAGAGGCCGUCGCCCAGUCGGACCACCUCGAAUAGCCAUGGGCAUCACGGCACUGCCUCGGCUGGCUCAGGGGGCAAACUGUUCAGAUGGGCACCAAGGGCAAGUGGAGGCCCGGCACCAUCCCACGAGCACGAGCUGCAGGAAGGCUCCCCGAAAAUGGUGAAAGCACACCCUGUCCUGGCCGCACAGCAAGGAAACCCGCGGAAGCAGAGCUCUGGGGGAUCUUUCAGCCCUGUCAGGACUCUUCCACAAAGCCCAUGGCUUUCGGAGGCUGCCCAGGUACAAGCCUUGCAGCGACCAGUUGACCGACAGAUGAGCCUCUUCGGCAUGGGAUCUCUGAACGAGCAAUCUAAACACGCCCGCAAAAGAUCAAGCACAGAGUCUGGGUUCUUGUCGGCUCUCCAGACUAAAGCAAAGGCAACGAAGUCAAAGUCUUCCUGGCAUCUAUUCCAACGGUCAAAGAUCGAGGACUCUACGGAAGCCGUUCCAGAGCCGAACAAGGUCGAAACAGUUGAGCCAGACCCCAGUUACUUCACCCAAAAUCCAACCGAGCCUGCACAGCCUUCUACACCACCUGAGGAGAAGGAAGAGAAUGAAGCCCAUGGUCCGCUCAAAGGCUUGCGCAAGUGGUUCAGCAAAGGUCCUCACGGUCACAAGGACAACGGGUCACCUCCUUCCAGGCAUACAAGCUCCUCAAGCGACAGCAAUCACAUGUGGCCUGCACAAAAAUCCCUGAGCAAUCCAGCUGGCGGCGCCGGUGACCACAAAAGGUUCAAAGCAAGCGGUGCCAUGAGUUCAUAUCCAGCCAAUGAAGCUGUGCCAGUCACGACGCCCCCCCUCAAGCAGUCCGCAGAUGGCCGUACGAGGAACUUCUUCUUCGAAAUCAAACACCCUAUUCCUACGGACACCUCGUUAUCAUCCUCCACAAGCUCUGCCCGGGCAGCACCAAGGGUGUUCUCCUAUCGCAAAGGGGUCGAUUCCCAGAGGAGGGAGUGGUGGGACGAGCCGAAGGCGUUGGUCAGAAGAGAUCCCGUGAAGGGCAUCUCGUAUUUCGAAUUUGAUACGCCGGAACACCUUCCCUCCAGCCCCAUGUGCCCGGCCAACGCGAUGCAUAAGCUCAAAGGAAGAGGGGUCUGCGUGUUUCAUGGGAGAGGAAGGCGGGCAUCCACGGAUGACGGGUCAGGGAUUGCCGAGGACGUGAUAGAAAGCGCCUGA